AUGUCCGCCCAGGAAGAAUUCAAUCAGCUGGUGAACAACAAUCGUGACAAAGCCACCUCGCACCCCGAAGACCGCGAUUCCAGCCCGCACUUCUCCGACGACAACGACUCCUCCCCGCCCCGCAAUCUGCGCCAGCGCCGCGUCCUCGACUCCGACGACGAGGACGCCGACGGCAACAUGCUCUCCUCCCGCUCGAACAACUACCACAUCCCCAACACCGUCUUCGACGCCAAUACCGGUCCCAAGGGUGUCAUCGCCGACGCCCAGGCCUUUGAGCGUGCCCGCAAGAAGUCCUUCCGAAGGACUCUGCUCAGCGCCGCCGGCUUCGACGGUAAUGGUUCGUUUGGCAGGUCCACGCGCGACGAGACACCUCCCAAGCCGGCAGACAGCUCGUCCGGCAGUGAAGAUGACGAGGAGCGAUUCUUGCACAAGUGGCGCACCUCGCGCAUGCAGGAGCUUCAGCACCGCGGCAUGCGGCGCCCCUCGCCUCGUGGCAGACGCUGGGGUGCGGUGGAGACCGUCGAUGCCGCGGGGUACCUCGAUGCCAUUGAGAAGGUGACGCCCGAUACCGUGGUGGUGGUCUGCGUUUACGACCCGCAGUCCAAUGACAGUGCCAUCGUCGAGGAAUGUCUCGUCACUAUUGCCCGUCGCCAACCCGGUACCCGCUUCGUUAAGCUGCACCAGGACAUUGCCGAGAUGGACCACAUCAAGGCGCCCGCCCUGCUGGCUUAUCGCAACGGCGACGUCUUCACUACCAUUGUGGACGUCAUCCGCAACAUCCCCAAAGGCCGCAGCUGCAGCGCCGAUAGCUUGGAGGAUCUGUUGAAGCUAAACCGCGUGCUCUAA